AUGCUGUCAUGGGUCAAGGCACUUGUCGCUUUCGUGACUAUCACUCUCAACUUCUGGUCUUUCGCUAUCAUGUUUGUGCUCUUUGCUAUCGCUCUGAAUUAUUGGAUUCGCUUUCCUCCACUGCUCAAAGCGGAUGCCCAGGAACUCAAUCCAGAUGUGAACACACCCGAACAGAUGCCUACAUUUCACAAUUAUCUGGAUGAAUUUCUCCAGGCAGUCCGUGUCUUUGGUUUCCUCGAGAAGCCAGUUUUCCAUGAACUCGCGAGACAUCUGCAGACGCGGAGGCUCAUCGCUGGUGACACUCUUUCUCUGGAUGAGGACAAGAGCUUUUAUUGCGUGAUCGACGGCAGUGUACAGGUCUAUGCUCGCACGGGACUGCCAAACCAAGCUACAGGAAGCGGUGCCUGGGACGAAGAGGACAUGAAUGGCUACCAACUACUCAAUCAAGUCGGAUCCGGAGGCAUGUUGUCCAGUCUCUUCACGAUCCUCAGUCUCUUCACGGAGAACGUCAAGCUCAGCUGGCAGGACGGCGACAAUCGCGACGAUGAUCUCGACUCAACACCACCGCGGACGCGUCCCAGGAGUGCAACAGGAGGAUGUACGUCUCCUCGUCCACCAUCUCCCUUCAGGCGCUCACAAUCUCCCUUUCCUCAAUCUGCCCGUAUCCCAUCUGGUGGUCGCCCGAAGUCUCAUGUUUCUGCAGAACCUGAGAGUCAUUAUAGUGCGGUUGCCCGCGCCGCAGAAGAUAGCACCUUGGCCGUCAUUCCAGCAGAGGCAUUCCGGAGGUUGACCAAAAAGUUUCCCAAGGCAACGGCGCAUAUCGUGCAGGUGAUUUUGACGCGGUUCUCUCGAGCUAUCAACGAGAUUGCUUGCCACCCGCUGCCACCGAUGUUCUACGAGUCCGGGCUCAGGCAACUAAGACAACGCUUCGACGGCGUGGCGCGGACGAACGAGACCGACUCAGCGACGACUAUUCAGCCGGGCGAGAAGAACCCGCUGACGGAGAGUCCCGCCCGACGAAAUAUCUCCGGUCACGCCCUUCAAGGGUGUACGCCACGUCAAACUGUGCAAGCCGGUGACCUCCACACGACUGUCGGGAACCGGCGGAGUCGUCGAGGCCUAUGGCGUAUGACAACGGAGGACUUCGAUCUACGGGACGAGGUCAUGUCUUGCAUCGCCAAGUCGAUAGGCUUGAUUCAGCCUCCUCUCAGUGGCGCAGACUCUCGAAGCACGGAGUCCGGGCCGUUCAAGUCCUCCUUUGGCUCCUUAUCCCUCUUGGAGAUAGGUGACGACACUGCGUCGAAUGUGACCGGCGCAUCGUCGAUUCUGACUGAUGGGUACAUGAGUGGUCUCGACAAUGAGGUGGAAAUUCUUUUCUUCCCUGCUGGGUCUGUCCUCGCGAAAGCGGGCGAACGAAAUACAGGUCUGUUCUAUGUCAUUGACGGCUUCCUGGACAUCUUGCUCCCGACACAUAAGCCGCCGACCGCAGAAGGGAAAGGAAAGGGAGAACCUCUCGACGAAGAACGCAGCCCACGCGUCCUGAGUAGGACCACAAGCUUCAACGUCCCAGGAUCCCGGGAAAACAGCGAGAACACGCGCAAGCCCCUCUUCACUGUCAGGCCUGGCGGCAUUGCCGGUUAUCUCUCCUCGCUUUGCCAGAUAGCAUCGUACGUCGACAUCGUGGCGAAGACCGAUACAUAUGUGGGAUCCCUGCCAUCGCCUGCGUUGGACCGGUUAUUGGAGAAGCGGCCUAUAGUCUUGCUGACGCUCGCCAAACGCCUCAUCUCCUUGCUGUCGCCGAUCGUGCUUCACAUUGACAGUUCCUUGGACUGGAUGCAAGAUGCCAGUGACAGCUUCUACAUAGAGAGCGGUGGGAUCAGCAUCCAGGCUGAGUAUGGUCAAGGGGAUACAGUUGGCGAACUCGAUGUGAUCACUGGCUCACCACGGACAAACACUGUACAUGCCAUACGUGACACAGAGCUGAUCAGGAUGCCACGGACGUUCAAUCCACGGACAACAGCACAGAUCCUGAAAAUGAUCGCCUCUCGAGUGCGGUCCGAGAUCGACUCUUCCAAGAAAGGAGCGGUCGAGCUCUCCCGCAGCAACAGCAACCUGAAGACCGUCGCUGUGAUGCCCGUCUCGCGCAACGUCCCCGUGGACGCGUUCGCCCGCAAACUGCACGCAGCUCUAGAAAGCAUUGGCGCACCUACCUCGUAUCUCAAUCAAGCCUCGGUCUCAGACCACCUUGGGCGUCAUGCAUUCACUCGGAUGGGCAAGCUGAAGGCAGCGGGAUGGCUUGCGGAACAGGAGCAGAAGUACAGGAUCGUGCUCUACGUUGCGGACUCCCCUGUGAAUAGUUCUUGGACGCAGACUUGCAUCCGGCAGGCGGACUGUGUUAUGGUCGUCGGUAUGGGAGAUGAUCCUAGCGUCGGAGAGUAUGAGAGACUGCUGCUCUCGUUGAAGACCACUGCAAGGAAGGAGCUGGUGCUGUUGCACCCUGACCGCUCCAUUGCUCCAGGUCGACCUUGGAUACAUCAACACAUCCAUGUAGAGCUUCCAGUGCGGAUCGUAGGGUCGAUGCCUCGGACGACCUUACCGCAACAAGAUCCUGCCGCAAUAGCAGCAUUCAGGAACCUCAAGGACCGUGUGCAGAGCGAGAUUAGGAAAUACCGUGGAGGUGACUUCGCAAGGCUUGCGAGACGAAUAUGCGGUAAAUCCAUCGGGAUCGUACUUGGAGGUGGCGGAGCGCGAGGAAUAUCGCAUCUGGGUGUUCUUCGUGCGCUGGAGGAGUAUGGUAUCCCGAUUGACAUGGUGGGCGGUACUAGCAUGGGUGCUUUCGUCGGUGGUCUGUACGCUCGUGAGGGCGAUAUUAUUUCGAGCGCUGGACGGACGAAGCAGUUCAGUGGGCGGAUGGGCAAUUUCUGGAGAAUGUUGUCUGAUGUCACGUACCCAUUGUUGCGUAUACAACGGUAUGGUCAUGAGUUUAAUCGGUCGAUAUACAAGGCCUUCUACGAUCUGCAUAUCGAGGAUAUGUGGCUGCCAUAUUUCUGCAACUCGACGAAUAUCAACACGUCUCGGAUGGAGAUCCAUGAGACCGGCUUUGCAUGGAGGUUCAUACGUGCUUCGAUGACACUCGUCGGACUGUUGCCACCGCUAUGCGAUAACGGCAACAUGUUGGUCGACGGAGGUUACAAACCUGAUGACGGUUCCCAGGUGGCUACGAUGAUGUCCAUGGGAGCAAGUGCGGUGAUUGCGUCCGAUGUCGGUUCGCUCGACGACAACUCGCCACGAAACUUUGGAGACUCGGUCUCUGGAUGGUGGCUUCUGAUCAACCGCUGGAAUCCCUUCUCGAAUGCGAGAAGUAUCCCAGCUAUCACCGAAUUGCAAGGACGACUAGCAUACGUGUCAAGCGUGAAGACGCUGGAGGAAGCUAAAGUGACGCCUGGGUGCCUGUACAUGGGCAUGCCCGUCCAGGAGUUUGGAACUCUGCAAUUCGGGAAGUUUGAGGAGAUACAGGAGUCGGGCUAUAAGGCGGCCAUGGACUUUUUGGAGAAAUGGAAUGAAGAGGGUAGCCUGCCAUCUGCAUAUAUAGGUGAGGCAAGCUCAUCGAUGGGUGGCAAGAGGGGCAAGAUGCUCUUCGCGGUGCCAUUACAGGCAGACUUGUCGGACGAUCCGUUGGGAGCAAGAACAUUGGACUCGCAGAGCGCAUUGACUCCUUCACUUCAGUCCGCCGAGCCGAUAUUGGUGUAA